AUGUCGUCCUCCCAGAACGGCAUCGCGAACGGUGUCAACGGCGACGUCCCAUCGGGACCUGUCAGCACUCGAUUCAGCGACAUCCCCUCCGCCAUCGACAUUCCUAUCCCCAGCGGCGAGGCCGAUGAAGCUGUCGAAAUCAACCUCGAGGACCUCGUUGACGAACCCGCCGACCUCUGUACCCUCUUAGAAAACGAAAGCGCUGCCAAGACCUAUUGGAUGACCGUUGCUUUAGCUUAUGCCAAACAGCACAAGGUCGACCAUGCCAUUGAAAUGCUACAACGAGGCGGCAGCGGCGCCGACAUCCAGAGAAACAACGCCAAUCCUCGCGAUAGAGUCAGCAUGGUCUGCUGUUUAUGCUGGAUGUAUCUGUGGAAGAGUAGAGAGGCGCCUCGUCUCGCCCCUGAGGGCGUCUCCGUGUCUGAGGCAAAGACAAAGGAGUAUUAUCUUCAGCUUGCGACAUCAUCUCUCAACGACGCUGCUCGCCUCAACCCAUCGUUCCCGCCCAUCUUUCUCGCCCGUGGUGUCCUCCUACUUCUGCGAGCUUCCCUACAAGCACCAUCUAAGACUGCUGGAGGUAUCGGAUCUGAGAAGCACGAGCUUUUGAAGACUGCUGUCAAGUCCUUCGAUGAUGCUCUGCGUGUCUCUCAAGGCAAAAAUAUGUUGGCGCUCAUGGGCAAAGCCCGGGCCUUGUUCUCGAUGCACAAGUAUCCCGAAUCGCUAGCAAUCUACCAGGACGUCUUACAGAAGAUGCCCGACCUGGUUGACCCCGACCCUCGAAUCGGUAUCGGUUGUUGUUUCUGGCAGCUCGGCUUCAAGGACGAUGCCAAGAUGGCCUGGGAGCGGUGCCUUGAGAUUAACCCCGAUUCCAAAGUUGCCAACAUCCUGCUCGGCCUUUACUACUUGGACGCAAGCGGUCAUGUACCUGUCAACAGCGACGAUUUCCUUAAGCUUUACAAGAAAGCGAUGACCGAGUACGCUCAAAAGUCCUUCAAACUAGACAAAGAUGUCCCUCUUACAUGUUCUACCUUUGCUGGGUACUUUCUCUCAAGAAAGGCAUGGGACAAUGCCGAUAAACUGGCGCACAAAGCUAUCCAAUACACCGACGUCAAUGCAAUUGCUAGUGAUGGCUGGUACUUGCUGGCAAGAAAGGAGCACUAUGCUGGAGAUGUCGAAAAGGCCACUGAUUACUACCGCCGUGCUGAUGAAGCUCGAGGUGGUACAGAGACUGGAUAUCUUCCUGCCAAGUUCGGUGUGGCUCAGUUGUCGGUCUUGAAGAACGACCUCGGAGAAGCUAAACUUCGUCUCGAGAAGAUGAUUCAGCAAUCCAAAAACCAUGAGGCAAUGAUUCUUCUAGGUACUCUAUAUGCCGAGGAAAUCUUUGCGAAUCAGGUCAGUGAUAGCAAGGAGGACAAGUCCGCCGAGCUCAAAAAGGCCAUUGCACUACUAGAAGGCGUCCGAAAUGCUUGGAAGGAUACAAAGAGGGCGUUAUCUCCAGAUGCGUCAGUCCUUCUCAACCUGGCCCGUCUUUACGAGACAGACCAGCCCGAGAAAGCUCUGCAGUGCCUACAGCAAGUAGAGCAGUUGGAGUUGGACCAGGUCCCUGACUCAGAACGGCCAGAGGAUGUCACAGAUGAGGCUGAGAUCAAGACCGCUCUCAGGAAGUCUUUGCCGCCCCAGUUAUUAAAUAACAUCGGCUGCUUUCAUUCGCAGUCGGAAAAGCAUGAGCUUGCAAGUGACAUGUUCGAAGCGGCAUUGGGUGCUUGCAUCAAGAUUGGCGAGAAGGACCCUGAUAUGGAUACGGAUGCCUUGGUAUCAACAAUCAGCUUCAAUCUGGCACGAAGCUACGAGUCUAGGGGCCUGACAGACAAGGCCAUUGAAGUGUAUGAGGGACUACUGGCCCGGCAUGACGACUAUACAGAUGCUCGCGCCAGACUUGCCUACAUAAAACUCAGGAAGAAUCCCAACAAGGAGGGACCUGAUGCGGUUGCCAAACUAUAUCAAGAGAACAACACGGACCUCGAAGUCCGGGCUUUGUACGGCUGGUAUCUUGGCAAGGUUCACUCGAGAAAGCGCCCCGCCAACCUGAAUGAGGACCCCGAGUUCCGUCACUACAAGCAUACUCUGCAAAAUUACGACAAGCAUGACAGACACGCGCUAGUCGGUAUGGGCAACUUGUAUCUUAUGCAAGCGCGAGAGAUGCGUCGCGAGUCGGAUUCUGAUAAACAAAAGCGAAGUGCGAUAUAUGGUAAGGCUGUUGAAUUCUUCGAAAAGGCUCUCUCACUGGACCCAAAGAAUGCCUACGCCGCACAAGGCAUUGCUAUUGCUCUCGUUGAAGAUAAGAAGGACCACAAGUCGGCGUUGGGUAUUUUCAACAAGGUCCGAGAGACUGUCAAGGACUCUCACCUUUAUGUCAACCUGGGACAUAUCUACGCCGAGCUCAGGCAAUACUCCAAGGCUAUCGAGCACUACGAGAUUGCUCUCUCUAAAGACGGCAAGAAAGAUGAUCCGACAAUUCUGGCUUGCUUGGGUCGAACAUGGUUGAACCGUGGCCGUGCUGAGCGCGACGCGGAUCCAUACAACAAAGCACUCGAGUGUGCGCAGAAAGCUCUCGAGGUUGCCCCGGAGCAGGUACAUUACAAAUUCAAUGUUGCUUUUGUGCAAAUUCAGCUCGUUACUCUCAUUCAAGGAUUGCCAGAGAACAAGCGAUCCACAGAACAACUCGAGAAGGCUGCCGAGGGUCUUGAGUCUGCUAUCACAUCAUUGGAUGAGAUUGCUGCUCACCCUCAGACUCCUUAUCCCAAGAACGACGUGGAGCAGCGUGCCAACAUGGCCCGUAACACCUUGCGUAACCAACUUCAGCGUGCCAUUGGCAAGCAGAAGGAGUGGGAGGAGAAGAACAAGGAGAAGAUUCAAGCAGCCAAGGAGCUGCGAGAAGCAGAAAUCAGACGCCGCGAAGAAGAGCGCCAAAAGAUUGCGGAACAAGAACGCGAGCGACAAGAGAAGAUUAAGAAGGAGCGCGAUGAAAUUGCCACACGAGACAGAGCUUUGGCUGAGAAACGAGCCGAAGAAGAGCGAGCCCGUCAGGAAGCUGAGAUGACGACCGACAGUGAGACGGGAGACAAGGUAAAGCGAAAGCGCAAGACUGCUCCCCGAGCUUCAGGAGAGCCCAAGCCAAAACGAUCUGGAGGAAAGAAGAAGAAGAAGAGCGAGCGCCAGGAGGACGAGUCUGAAGAAGAGGAAGAGCGAACCAAAAAGCGCCGCCGGCUUACAAAGAAGGAGUCUGCCAAGUUCAAGUCUGCAGAAAUUGUUGUCGACAGCGACGAAGAAAACAACAACGAUGACGAUGACGACGAGCUUGAACGUGCUGAGAGGAACAUCGAUAGGGAAGAAACCCCUCUAUCAGAGGCCGACGAAAAAGCUGUCGAGGACGACAAGAUGGACGUUGAUGACGGUGGCAAUCAAGGAGGCGAUGAUGACGACGAGGAAGAAAUUGCCCCGCGCCAACAGAACAAACGAUCUCGUCGUGGUCGUGUCGUCGACAGUGACGAAGAAGAUGAUGGUGACGAGGAAGCACCUGCUCAAGCCAAGGCCACGUCUGGUGAUGAGGACGACGAGCCCCGACCUGCAGCGGAUACCAGCAUGGCAGAUGCAGCUGAAGAUGAGGAGUGA